UCAUAGCUAGAAUCAUUCUGUGGCUGACAACGAGUCAGCACUGAUAGGGAUAUCAUCUUUUCUUCAAAUUAGUAUUAAUUUUACCAUAUUUGGUUGUAGUUUGCCUUCCACUGACAAAAAUUCAACAUGAAGUGUUUUCUGAUCCUAUUGGCUAUUGCCGUUGCGGUUUUUGCUGCUCCAAGCGAGGGAGAGCAAGAUGAAUGGACGUCAUUCAAGAGCCGUCACGGAAAAAAGUACAAUAGAACCGAGGAACAUCGUCGCCGGGGCAAUUAUGCCUUCAACAAGGCCAGAAUCGAUAGCCACAACAAGCGCCACGAGCAUGGCGGCGCAUCUUUCCGCAUGGGCGUCAACAAGUACUCCGACAUGGACGCUGAUGAGUUUGCCCAAACGAUGAAUGGCUUCAAGUACAGCGGUGUGCCAUCGCAGGCCCCAAGACAAGCGCGUCAAGCUACUACAACGGUUACCAGCAUCGAUUGGAGAACUAAAGGCGCUGUGACUCCUGUUAAGGAUCAAGGACGUUGCGGAUCAUGCUAUGCGUUCUCGGCUCUCGGAGCUCUGGAGGGGGCAACCUUCACCAAAACUGGCAAGUUGGUCAACCUAUCAGAACAGAAUAUCGUCGACUGUACCAGCACCUACGGAAACUACGGAUGCAAUGGCGGCAGCAUGACCAGCGUUUUCAAAUACAUCAAGACCAACAACGGAGUCGAUACGGGAGCGUUCUAUCCGUAUAAGGCCGCUGUCGCUGCUACCUGUGGAUUCAAUCCUGCAUACGUUGGAGCUACCGAUACCGGAUACGUUCUCCUUCCAGCAAAUGAAACCGCUCUGCAAACUGCUGUUGCCAACAUUGGCCCGGUUUCGGUUGCUAUUGAUGCCUCCAAUCCUUCCUUCCAACAGUAUAAGUCGGGCAUUUACUACGAACCGCUAUGCUCCAGCUCGAAGCUUAACCAUGGUGUACUGGUUGUUGGUUACGGUACGGAAAAUGGCACUGACUACUGGCAGGUGAAGAACUCCUGGGGUACCACCUGGGGUGAGAAGGGUUACAUCAAAAUGGCCCGCAACAAGAACAAUCAUUGCGGUAUUGCUUCUUUUGCCAGCUACCCAACGGUUUGAGGAAGCGGUUGACAAAUAUUCGAGAAAAGGAUGUAAAAUAUGAAACUUAGACCCAAUAGUAAAAUUUUAUUGAAUUCUGCAAUGAACAAGGUGAAUGGAAUGCACUUCAUAGCAAUUUAGCAUAGAAACUAUGCUUUAUGUGAGUAUGAUGAGGUUUGCCACAAAAUUUGCAUGUUUUCAACGCAGUGUACAGUUUUUGAGUUAAAUAAACCAAUUUUUGUGAAAUAAUA